AUGGCGGAAGAGGUAGCCACAGCCACCAAAGAAAUGGCAAUCGAAGCAGAGGAAAACGAGCAAGACGAUGGACAAGAUCCAUUAGUAGAGGAAACAAACGAGCAAGCAGCAGCAGUCGUAGUGCACUGCUCAGACGAUGAAGAAGCGACCAGUAUCCACGUUUCUGAAUUGGAAUGGGGAGCAGCAACAGAUGACCCUGAGAUCAGCGAUCCCCACCGUGGUGACGAGGUUGACAGUUUGUUGGAUCUGGAGGCUCCAUCUCCCCCCGAACCGUCGAAUUUUCCUGCCAGAGCCGAGGCGGUUAUUGCAGAGCCUCUGGACGAAUCUAUCAGGGGGAUUCCUGUAGUCAAGAUUUCGCACCGUCAAGAAGAAAUCAUUAAUGUUCCAGAGAUUGUGGAGCUGGACGAGGAUGACGAGAAGGCACCUGAUGAUGCACGUCCAAAUGGAGGCGUCCGUCUUGCCAGGGCCAUUCGCAACAGUGUCUUGUUUAAAAGGCCCCAGAUGGUGAGUGUAGAUGUGGAAGCCACGCCUAUCCAUGAACCUUCUGUUCGAACUGUUGGAGAUAGCUUUGAUGAGGACGAAGAACCUCUCCCCGUCUCACAGCAUCGCGUAGCUCAAUUCAUCUCGGCACGGGUGAUCCGCAAAAAUCCCACUGAUGACCUUGGAUUCAAAAUCCGCAUGGAAGAAGAAGAGAAUAUUUUCGGGGUUACAGCCAUCAAGAAAGAUGGGCUUCUAGCAAAUAGUCCAAUUCUAGAAGGAGACAAAUUGAUUAGCAUUAAUUCCCAGGCAUGCCUGGGAAUGAAGCUUCCUGGAAUCAUGCGAUUGCUGGAAACAGCAACAGACCACGUGACUAUCACAUGUCAAAAUCCUAGAGGUGAUGGGUCCCUCGUGGAAUGCUACGUGAUGAGGCCCACUCCGUCUACCAAACUUGGAAUAGACUUGACGAACCAGCCAACCCAUCGGAGGGCUAGAAGGACUCGGACUCGACCAGUGAUUAACUCUGUGGACAGUGAAGGGAUCAUGGUGGACUCCUUGCUCAACCCUGGCGACCGUAUCUUGUCCGUCAAUGGUCAGUCCGUAUCAGACACCCGUGCCGUAGCAGAGGUUUUAUCAAAGACAACGUCACCCCACGUCACCGUUUUGGCCAGGACCAAGGAGCAAACCGCAGCUAUCGUGACCACAGAGCCUGAACAAGGCACCAGAUCUCGCGUCUUUGAUCUCUAUGGCACUCCGGCCCGAGCGUUGCGCCUCCGUGAUGGCCGAGCAGACACUCAAGCCUAUGACUCGGCCAGGCAAGCCACCAAUAUAGGAGCCAUUGCGCUCGCCAUCAUUCUGGUGGCAACCCCGGCCAGAAGCGGUGUGUUCAUCACGGGAAAGAAUUGGAUGUUUGCAGUCUUUGCACUCUUUGGCAUUGUCAAUGUGCCCUGGUUCUUUCGCAAACCUGGGCAGAGAUUCUCUCUGUUGCAAGCUUUGUGCAACGCCUUGCUGCUCGGUUACAUGACCUAUGUUUUGUUUGUUGAAUCCAAGGACGACGAGGAGUUCUCUACUGCUUGGUUUUGCGCCUUUUACAUUCCCUUGCUUCUGUUAGUCAACAUCCCUGUCUGUUUUGUCCAGCCUGAAGAGGCUGAUGGGCCCUUGGACGCUAACGAUCACGAGCCAACAACCACGGACGGAGAAGAUCAUCGGGUUGGAGUGUGCCCAGUGUAG